CAGCACCAUGAAACCUGCCCUUUAGCCAGACCUAGAGACCCACCUCUUGCGAGCUGCCCUUCGCUCCGUCUUCACCCUGGGCACAGAGAAGGACACCAUCAACAUCCAGGCUCUGCACAAAGUCAUGCCAGAGCUCCUGGAUGCCAUGCUGGGGAACCUGCUGGCAGAGUCCCCAGACGCAGACAGGCUCCACUACAUCUUGGAGAUCUCAGCAGAGUUCCCUAGGAUGGGUCACCAUGUGGCACAGCUGGCUCUGUUUGUCAGUGACCCAGACAAGGACAUCAGCCGGCAGGCCAGGGAUGGGACUUACCGGCUGUACCAGCUGCUGCUCCAACAGAGGAGGCUGACCAUACACGAGGCAGAAGAUCUGUGGUACCACUACUGGCACCAGGACAGCAGGCUCCUGGGCUAUAAGAACACAGCCAGGGUGGAGGAGGUCUUUGGAAAAUUCUUCUCUGAGGGGCAGAGAAAAUACUUCCUCCAGACAGCAAUGCUGGCAAUCCAUGAUCCCCUGCUGCAUGUCAGCCAGGCUGGGCUGCUCCUCACAUCCUCCAUCCUGGGGGAAGCCCAGCAACUGAUGGGGGACAAGUUGGAGGAUGUCACAGCCAAGGUGAUGUGCCAGCUCUGCAUCAUCCGGCACUUGCACCAGGUGCCCGAGGCGCUGCAAGGACUGUGCCUCAUCUGAUGCCCUUAAAGGUUCUCCUCCCAUGUUCAGCAACUCCCGCUCCCUGCUGCAGGCCCUGGGUGUGUGACUGCCUCCCAGAUGGGUGCAGUCAGAAGCUGAGCCACCUCAGGGAGCAGUGGGGACAGGUCACCUUGUUCUAUGAAACCAAGCAGUGCUAGUUCUCAAAGAGGCUGAGAGGGAAGACCACGCUCCCUCAUGGAGCAAGAGGCUCCCUACAGAUGUCCUCAAACCUGUUCUCCUGGGAGCAUUUCUGGGAGGAGGCUCCCGUCCCUCAGUCUCCAACUCCAUCAUGCAGUCUCAUUCACAUAACAUCUCUGCUCUCCAGCUCCACUUCCCGCAGCAGGACAAAUGAACCUUCAGCUCCUAGAGACCUGACUCUGACCUCCUUCUGAUCAGCAAUGGGGUUUCACCUUCCCCUCAACAAACCUGUCAGCCUCUGAAUGAUGAACGUCAGAGUCACCAGAACCAGCAAAACUCCAACUGCAGCCAGUUGAGCCUUUGUAAACUUAGCCCCUCUGGAAACCAGGUCUGAACUGGAGAGGUCUGAACUCAUGGACUCCUAGACUUUAAGGUCAGAAGGGACCAUUAUGAUCAUAUAGUCUGACCUCCUGCACAAUACAGGCCACAGAAUCUCACUCUCCCACUCUUGUAAUAAACCCCUAACCUAUGUCUAAACUAUUGAAGUUCUCAAGUAAUGGUUUAAAGACUUUAAGGUGCAGAGAAUCCUCCAGCAAGUGAACCGUGCCCCAUACUGCAGAGGAAGGUGAAAAAUCUCCAGGGACUCUGCCAAUCUGCCCUGGAGGAAAAUUUCUUCCCGAGCCCUGAGCAUGUGAGCAAGACUCACCUCAACCCAAUAAGAGGAGGACUGGGCAGCACAGGUCUGUAACAGGGAAAGGAGAGUGCUUUCCCCUGGGCUGCAGAGCCUGGGGCUUAGCCAAACUGAUUACAGAAUGAGUCCUACCUCAGAGGGACCAUUUAUUGGCCCCGAAAGAACCAGACUUCAGCGGCGAUAAAGCCUAGCUGGGCUAUGAACUGGAAUGAGAACUAGGUAGGAAGUUGAAAGCAGUAAGGAAAGCCUAGAAGGGAACUUGAAAAGAGAGGUAGGAUGUGCCCAGGGAAAUCUGCAGCAAAGAGAAAAGAGCAACCCUAGCUGUUGAGUACAGAGCCCUGGGCUGCUACCAGUGUCAGGGUGGGACCGGGUUCCUCUACUGGCACCAAAGAAGGGGGCAUACACGCACCCAGAGAGGGUUACCAAGCCCAGCAAGGGAGCUGCAGAUCUGAGCCAGAGCCCCAGCAAGAGCAGAAGAACUUUUUUCUCUGGGAAGACCUCUUUAGACUUCCAGUGUGUGACAAGCUGAGCCCCAGAAGCAUGGACUAAAGGUGGUGAGCCGGCCAGAGGGCCGAAUUACCAGGCAGAGAGACUGCCAUGGUGCUGGAGUGACCAUCGAUGGAGGAUCAGAGGGCACGUAACAAUGAGUAGAUUCAUUGAUUAUUGGCAUAGUCAGCAGGAUUGAAUUCCCCCUGUCAUCUGUGAGGGCUCAUGGAAGUCUUGGUUACUGAAGGAAGGUCCAUCCCCCCCAAGUGGGAUUUCCCAUUUGAGUUCCAGGGACUGGCUAAGCAGCCAAAGCAGGUCUCGGGGUUUCUCCAGCAGCUCCUAGAAACCCAACAGAAGCAGAAGGAAGGGCAGGCAGAGCUACAGAUGCAGCUGCUAAUCUUGAGGGAGCAGCAGCAGUACCUGUGAGAGAUCCUGCAAAGGGAAAUCAACCUGCUAGGCCCAUGGACAAAAAGAGAAGACUCAGAGAGCAUGCUGUGGCUGUGCUGAGAAGGUUAGCCCAGGAAAGCAGGGCCUGAGAAAGUGUACAAGCAUAGCCUAAUGCCAAGAUAGGAACAAAAGUUCUUUGGUUUUGGUGCAGAGAAGCAGGCCAUAUCAAAAGACCCGGCCUGCAUAGGAAAUUCCUGAGUGGCAAAAGGAGGGGCCAGGGCCCCAAGAAGGUAGAAAGAAAGGAGAAGGUGUCCUCUUGGAAAACACACAUGAGGCAGGCUAGGUGGAGAUGGCAGGGAUGGCCAUGGACCUUGCAGACCCUCCUGCAACACACCUAUCGGGUGCUGCAGGGAGGUGAAGAGUGAAAUGAUUGGCACAGAGAUGAAUCAGGCAUGAGAGUUGAGCAGUGGUGUGUGCUCAGACACUGAUGGAAAAGGUUUUGGGGGAUGCAGCAGCAAUAGAAAAAAGGCUACAGAAGAAGCUAGUGGCUUCAGAACAAGGCUCUGCAAGCAGUUGUUAAUGAGAAUGAGUGGCUGCAGGAAGAGAAGGAUGGCCUCUGAGUUCUGGUGAGUACGAGGCUGUACGAGUGCAUAGCCGGUGACAGCGACGAGAUGAGAUGGUGAGGGAUGAAGAUUGGACAAGAGUAGAGCUUGCCCCCGGGUUGGGCCGGAUUUUAAGGAGGAGGGUAUUUCACAGGGUGGCUUGGCCUGUGGCUGCAAAGCCUGGAGCUAGGCCAAAUUGAUGACCAAGUGAGCCCCACCUGAGAGGAAACAAGGGAAAACAGCAGCAAAAGUACAGAAGCAGACCUAGCUGUUCAACAUAUGGCCUUGGGCCAAAACCUGGAGUCCAGGGUAGGACAGGGUUCUCCCACCGUCCCUAAGGAAGGGGACAUAGAAGACCAUAGAAACCCAAGAAGGGCAGACCAAGGCGAAAUCAGGCUGAGGAAGAGCUCCCCACGAGGGUGGAAGGCCUUGUUUCUGUUCAAGACAUUUUUGGACUUUGUUUGGAAGGAGCAUGACCCAGGAAGGAGUGGACUAAAGGACAGUCACCUGGUUGGAGGGCUGAGUUCCCAGCCAACAAACUGCAAGAGUGACUAUCAACGGGGUUGCUAGCCCAGCUAGAAAGCUGUGACACGAGGCCUGGCCAGGAUCUAGCGUCCCAGCCUCUUACACAGAUGUAUGCUUCAGCCAGCCCAGCUCAGAGAGCAGUGGGAACAGAUGAUCUUAUCCUGUCAAACCAAGCAACAUGGGUCCUACUGAGGCUUAGAUGGAAGAUCCCAUGCGUCUCCUGGAGAGGAUGUGUCCAGGAUCCUGGAGGAGGUUUGAGUGGGGAGAGAUCACUCACUGUCAUGACCCAUGGGUCAUUAACCCGGGUCUGCAGGGCUCAUGGGAGCAGCCACACUGCAGCAGGCCACCUGGAAGCCUACUAAAAACUGCUUACCUAGGACUUAUGAAUUCCAGACCCAGUUUGAGGCUCCAUCCCUGAGGCCUAAUGGCAGAGUCCCUGAGCAGCUAAUCGGCCCCCGGGACCUCCUUAAACCAACAGCAGGAACAAGAAGCUGUCUGAACACCCGAGCUCCCCUGUCUUCUGGACCAUGUGUUAGCUGUUCCUGCUCCCACUGCCCAGGCUUGAUUUCCUGGCAUCCUGACUCGCUGUGACUCAUCUGAUUUGAGGUUCUAAACUCAGUUUGGUGUUUUGCUUCUGUUCUUCCAGUAUCCUGACCCAGCUGACUCUUGACUCCUGUCUUCUGAGUGUGGACUCUGCCUCUGACCACUAGGUCUGGCUGCUGAUGACAUGGCCAUGACACUGACUUUUCUACGAUUCCUCCAAUGCCCUUUUCUGCUCUCCAGCUCUGCUGUCCCAGCAAGACACACCAAUCCCCUGGCUCCCAGAGUUGCUGCUGGUUGCUGGUUGCUGCUAUUCAAGGGCUCAGGGGUAGUGCUUGUAUUGCCUCCUCCCCCACCAUAGCUGCUUUUCCUAUGGGAAUCUCCCUAGCACAGAGGAGAAAUCUGCUCUUCUCUUAGAAUCAGUCCUGGCAGCAAUUCAGGAAGUCAUAGAAGGGACGGUCUGCUAAGCUCCCUCUGCAAUGCCACUGUCAGACCAUUACUGGUGGGUGCCAAGUGACUGCACAGGCAGCUCCUUGAGAGACUCCUAGGGGCAGGGUAGUCGUGUUUCACAGUGACCUCUGAAAGGUCAAGCAAAGAGUGCAGCAUUGAAGAGACUCUCCUGCUGUAACAAAGGGUUUCUGUUCUCCUACAUAGUCAGACAGUGAGGCCAGUUUGCAGAAUGUGGAAGAGCUUGGGUGAUGAGUUGGAGGAUUCACCGUAUAGGUGGCAGCAGCUGCAGAUCCUGGAGUCCCUAUGGUAGGGUUACCACGCAUCCGGAUUUUCCCGAACAUGUCCGGCUUUUGGGUUUUUAAAUAGCCAUCUGGGAGGAAUUUGUAAAAAUCUAAAAAGGUCCAGGAUUUCCCUCCCAAUGCAGAGCACGAUGCAGCUGACACGGUGGCCGGGCUGGAUUGAGCUGCUCGUAUCUGGGCCUCCAGCAGCCAGAGCUCCUCCCCUGCUCCCCCCCCACCCCGCAGCCUCAGCGCACUGUGCCGGUAGCACUCUCGUGGGGGAGGGGUGGCGCGCUCCGUGGGGGAGCACAGCACUGUCUGGCUCCACACACCAGACACACUGCUCUGAGCAGCAUGGUAAGG